GAAGAGCCGCAGAGAGCGCCGGGAGCUAAGGGGCGGCGGCGACCGGAAGCGCAGUGCAAGCCCCCAUGGCCGGGGUUCGGGUGCCCCUCUGGGGCAUCUGCAUGCUGCGAGUGGCGCUGGCUACCGUCUAUUUCCAAGAGGAAUUUCUAGACGGAGAGCAUUGGAGAAACCGAUGGGUGCAGUCCACCAAUGACUCCCGAUUUGGGCAUUUUAGACUUUCGUCGGGGAAGUUUUAUGGUCAUAAAGAGAAAGAUAAAGGUCUGCAGACCACUCAGAAUGGCCGAUUCUAUGCCAUCUCUGCACGCUUCAAACCAUUCAGCAAUAAAGGAAAAACUCUGGUCAUUCAGUACACAGUAAAACAUGAGCAGAAGAUGGACUGUGGAGGGGGCUACAUUAAGGUCUUUCCUGCAGAUGUUGACCAGAAGAACCUGAAUGGAAAAUCGCAGUACUAUAUUAUGUUUGGUGAGUUUUGGUGGCGGUUUCAAGUUGAUGGCUUCACACACCUCUACACUCUAAUUUUAAGACCAGAUCUUUCUUACGACGUGAAAAUUGAUGGUCAGUCAAUUGAAUCCGGCAGCAUAGAGUACGACUGGAACUUAACAUCACUGAAGAAGGAAACAUCCCCGGCAGAAUCGAAGGAUUGGGAGCAGACUAAAGACAACAAAGCCCAGGACUGGGAGAAGCAUUUUCUGGACGCCAGUGCCAGCAAGCAGAGCGACUGGAAUGGUGAACUGGAUGGGGACUGGCCGGCGUCGAUGCUCCAGAAGCCCCCGUACCAGGAUGGCCUGAAACCAGAAGGUAUUGAUAAAGACAUCUGGCUCCACCAUAAAAUGAAGAAUACCAACUAUUUGACACAGUAUGACCUCUCGGAAUUUGAGAACAUUGGUGCCAUCGGCCUGGAGCUUUGGCAGGUGAGAUCUGGAACUAUUUUCGAUAACUUUCUGAUCACAGAUGAUGAAGAGUAUGCAGAUAAUUUUGGCAAGGCCACCUGGGGCGAAACCAAGAAAUUGGCCCUGGAGGUGUAUGUGCUGGGUGCCCACAGCCAAUGGAAGAUUCCCACUGGAAAUUCGUUGUAUGAAUCUUAUUACAAGCAGGUCGAUCCAGCAUACACAGGGAGGGUGGGGGCGAGUGAAGCAGCGCUUUUUCUAAAGAAGUCUGGCCUCUCGGACAUUAUCCUUGGGAAGAUAUGGGACUUGGCUGACCCAGAAGGUAAAGGGUUCUUGGACAAACAGGGUUUCUAUGUUGCACUGAGACUGGUGGCCUGUGCACAGAGUGGUCACGAAGUUACUUUCAGCAAUCUGAAUUUGAGCAUGCCGCCACCUAAAUUUCAUGACACCAGCAGUCCUCUGAUGGUCACGCCCCCCUCUGCAGAGGCCCACUGGGCUGUGAGGGUAAGUGAACGGGAAUAGGUCCCUCCUUGGCUCUCCUUCAGAUAGAAUUGUUCCAGCAGUUGUUCUAGAAUUGUUCUGGAAUUGUUCUAGUUUGAUGUUGUUCGGAACAUUUUAUAGGAUGAUUGUGUCAGCUCUUCUGUCUCAGUGUGAAUGUCCACAGCACUUGGAUGAAACGCCUCUUCUGAACACCUUUUACAAAGGCUAUGGCCCUUCACUGGAAUUGGGAGUUGCCUGUCGGGACAACUGAGUGUCAGGAAUUGGAUUAUUAAAGGACUGCAGUUUAAAUCUUGCAUCUUUAGGUCACAUUCUGUGGUUUUUGCUGCUUGUGUUGGUUAUUC